AAACCCUCGUCUUCGUCUUGGACGUGUGUAGUAGUUUCGUUGCAGAGCAGUCAUUAGGUUUUUCUGCGCCUAAAGAAGGGAAUAUAAUAAACUCCGAAAACCUAAUGGCCGAACUGUCCGGGGGUAGCACAGAGUGGAAGUGCCCCUACCCCGAAUGCGGGAUGGGGCUACCCGGUGCACUGCCCGGGAUGAGGUUCUGCCCCAAGUGUGGAAAAAACGUACGUCCAGGGACAGGAGCACAGCAUAGUCCCCAAAGUAGCAUGGAGUUUUCUAUGGAGAAGACACCUUCGGUGGAUAGACUAAGGCCAAUGCGGCAGGAAGGACGUGAUGAUCAAGCAUGUCAAGGGUCCGCUAGUUCACCUACACCAUCUGGAACCACCGAGGCUUCUCCGGAAACAGUAACUGUGGCUCCUUCAACUUCAGAAACUUCCCUAUCAGUAGUAACUGGUCAAAAUCUUGAGAUACAAACAGGGUUAAGUGGUGGAAUAUCCCAAUCCCCACCCCCCAAUGUUAAGACUGCUGAGAAUGGGAGUGCUUCAGAGCCAGCUGUGUCCACAAGGGUAGACGAAUAUGAAACUGCAGUAGAGGAGACUGAUGGACCGAAUAGUAAUCCAGCUGAAGUAAACAGUGCGGACGAAAGCUGUGGUAGCCUUGAAACAAACUAUACUGAAAGACAGUUAACACCACAACAGGAAAAAGAAAAGAAAAACUGGGAAGCAAAAUGCAAACUUGAGCUACAGCAAAAGGAGGAAGAACGACGGGAAAAGGUAGAAGAACAGAAAGAACAAGAAGCAGAAAGGAGAAAGAAGGGAGAGCAUGAACUCCAGCAAAGAGAAGCGAAGAAAAAGAACAAUGAAAAGGAGGACAUUGAGUUGCAGAAAAAAGAACACCAGCACAGAGAAGGACACAGAGAGCAACAAAGAGACCAACAAAUGCGGGAAGCAGAAAGGAAAAAGAAGGAAGAGCAUGAACUCCAGCAAAGAGAAGCGAAGAAAAAGAACAAUGAAAAGGAGGACAUUGAGUUGCAGAAAAAAGAACUUCAGCAGAGAGGACACAGAGAGCAACAAAGAGACCAACAAAUGCGGGAAGCAGAAAGGAAAAAGAAGGAAGAGCAUGAACUCAAGCAAAGGGAAGCGGAGAAAAAGACGAAUGAAAAUGAGGAUAUUGAAUUGCAGAAAAAAGAACACCAGCACAGAGAAGGACACAGAGAGCAACAAAGAGACCAACAAAUGUGGGAAGCAGAAAGGAAAAAGAAGGAAGAGCAGCGUAAAAUUGAAGUCCAGCAAAGAGGAGAAGAAAAAACAAAAAAUGAAAGGGAGAGAAAAGAUCAGCGUGAAAAGGAACUUCAACAAAGAGAGGAACAGAAACAACAGAAAAAGCGAAAAUUGACGACAGAACCUGGUGGCAAUGAUCCACUUCAGUCUGAAAGUGGAAGGAGGGGGCUUGGUAAUGGGGGUGGUGGUGACAGAACGAACAGAGGAGAUGAAAGUGAUGCACAUGGAAAGGGUAAUGGUGCUGGUGCGGAACAUGAUGGUGGUACUGGAAAUGGAGAUGAUGGUGAUGGAGUGAGUAGGGAUGCCAGUGGGGUGAACAAGGAAACGCCUGGUGUAAAUAACCCUAAUCAAACGGCUCAGCCUUAUAGAAAAUCUGAGUCUCCAGGUGAUCUUUAUUCUGGUACCCGAAACAGUAAGUCACAUGCAGAGGGUGCAUCAAAGACUGCGUCUGCUCAGGGAAAAGGUAUUCCCCCAGCAAACUAAGGAGAAGCAGCAACCAAAGUUUAACUACAAAAAACACCCCCUUGGAGAUUCUAAUGUUUUAACGGGUUUAAAUUCGAAGCGAUACAUGUUGGUGACAUUCCACUGUAUUCUACCAAAGCUGUUGUGGGAGUGGAAUGAGAAGUCCUGUGUGUACAUGAGGUUUGACGGAUUGGCUCUAGGAGACUGGAAAGUUGAUGUAGGAAAUUUCGAAGAACACCGGAAAUUAGAUGAAGGUGUGUAUGAAAUGACAUGUACAUUGAAAAUAGCCAUGGAUAUUCUGACUACUCCAAUGGGGUACAAAUAUGUUAUUUAUUCUCCAAAAAUGGCAAAUGAAAAUGACUGUUUUGAGUAUUUACAUUCAUUUGUUCCCCGCUACCGAAAUCCUAACCGAUGCUUGAUUAUACAUCCAGCCGAUCGUCGUGAUGGAAGUGAAUAUCGUCAGUAUGACUUCUUUGUUUAUCCUGAGGCACGAAAAGUAGAAAAGAGUGUUUUAAGUCAAGCAUGGGAUACCGGCAUUGGUAUUUUAAACAAAUAUGUCCUCAAUAUCCAAGAGAACACUGCGACCGAACAAACUUUUACUGCUCCCCCUACUGAUGAGAUGAUGAAGCGCUGCCUCUUGUUUUAUUUGGAGCCCUACCAGGAUGCUCUUUUAAAUGAGAAAGGCUAUCCGAACGAUUUCAGCGUGGAUGGUUUCAUAGCUCAAGUCAAGCACAUAUUUAAACAACAUCAUAAACCUGUCGUUCAACAUGGUCAAAACACCUAUGCCAUUACAGUUGACCUAAAGGAUGUUUUGAAAAAGUGGCUAGAAGAAAUAAUAAAACACCUUGAAGGUGUUGGUAACCCACUCUGCCGUUUUUAUCGUCUGUGUGUAUUGCAACGUGUUUUUUGGAUUGUCAUGUCUCCCAAUUAAAUGAAGUUGAGUGUGUCUACCCACUUUUGAGAAUGCUUCACAUCCAACCCAAUGUGGAAACCCAAACAUGCCCUAAUGUUUUGUGUCUGCGAAGUAUUUCAAGUAUAACAUGCCGAGAAAAAGUACAACAAGCUGUUUUGCAGCUCUGCAAAAAUGCCAUGAAGUUCAAGACAAUAUCAGAGCCCUGCUUGGACUGGCUCUAUGUUUUGCCACUCUGUCACUUCCUCUCUGUGCCAUUCAACCUUUUGCAAGCCUGGAGUAUAACCCAAGCCACCUUGACAGCCUUCGCGCAGAGAAGUUUGGUUAUGAUGAACUGCGCAGGAAGCUAAAACCGGGGUUUGUGGAUGCUUUCUAUACUAUCCUGCAGCCUUUUUUUCCUGCUGAUCCUCUGUUGCUCUAUGACUUUGUGUACAUUUGCCCUGAGGCCGAUUUUCAGAAGCUCUUUGACCAAAUCCCCAUAUUUCUCUCUCUAACUCAUCUAUCAUCUUAUACACCACUCCCCCACUUUAGUUCUACUGCUUCAAGUUGGAUGGUGUGGCUUGCCACUGUCAAUGAAAGAGUUAAAACAGACACUUUCAAGAAAGAGGAUUGUGUUGCCACUGUCAAUGCAGCAAUAUUAUUGAUGAAACGUCUUUUCUCUGAGUUGAAUGUCCAAGAGUUUCAAUUAGAAGUUCUUAAGUUGGCUCUCACAGUUCUGCUAUACUCGCUAUGUAAAAUGGAUAUUCUUGUUGCCCGAAAUGAACUCAAUGAAACUCAGUUAACUGAUGUUUUUGGAGUGUGCGAACUUGCUCUUCAAGAAUGGGUGAAGCGCAGUGAGGUAGUUGGAGGGAUCUAUUUUGGUAAAAGUGCUCAAAAAGCUACCAUAUUGUUGUAUGGAUCAACUGAAUUAAAGCUAUGGUUGAACAUAUCAUCCCUUGAAGUCCCACAAAACAGAAAAGUGGCUGAUGCUUGGAAUACAAGUGUUACAAGGGUGAUUAAACAAAGAGUUAGUAAGGUUCCAGACAGCAACAAGAUAUGGCUUGUGUACAUGUUGGAAGAGGGAGAGAGUAAGGAUGUUCAUCCACUUAUAUCUGAUGUUUUUAUGGAAGCUGCUACGGAGGCUAUUGACAGAAUGACAGAUUAUGGGAACCUUCCAGAAUUUGGCAAGUCUGAAAGAAUGGGUAAACUGUAUGGACGGAUAUUUCUCAAGAAGUACCCUCAACUGGGAACAGAUUCUUUUACUGUCUGCUUGGAUGACCUGCUAAGCUGGCCUUAUUGGGCCAACUUCAUCAAAAUUUACAGUGGAUCUUCUAAGGCAAAGGAUGGUUUGCCUCAAACUUGCAAGCAUGCAUGUUCGUAUGCAAUAUCCCUCCUUGAUGAAGUUUCCCGACAGAUCAGACAGGGUGAUAUCACUAUCAGAGAGCUUAAGAAGAUUCAUAGUAACCUUCAACAGAUUACUCGAUUGUAUCGUUCCGUACUAAAAGAUACUGAACCAAGUCCAGAAAGUGGUUCAAUAAAUUCAUGUGUAAAGAUGCGAUUAGAGGAGUUCCAGAUAUUCCAAGAAGAACUUGGACACCUGCAGCAUCUUUGCCACGUGAUACCUCAUGCUGUUAUUGGGAUUCCAGAGGCUGAUGCAGAAUUGCAGACGACUUAUGAGGAAUUCAGGAUCAAUGCGCUCUGUGUUCGGGACGAAUCUGGUACUGUCAGUGUUGCAUGUUUUGUCAACGCUCGUCCCCUUGCUUCUUUUGCAAAGAUGUUUUAUGUGUUGACAAAAAGACAGCACAGUAGCAUUUUUAGUGCCACAUGGUCUGCUACAAUGAAACAAGCCAGAAUAAACAAUCCGCAUCUAAGCACAAAAGAUCUUGAGUUGGAGGUGUGGAACCCAGCAUUUAGCCAUUGUGAGAAGCUGUUGCAAGAGAUGUACGAACUAACCAUCACUCUUGGUGAUGUAGAUAAACACUUUAAAAGCUAUAAGGAAAGUGAUAUAAUUACUCAAUUGAACCUCCUCCUUCAUGGUGUGAAUGAGUGUAAUCAGCUCAUGUGCUCAAUACAAGGGGUUGAUCAGCCACUACGGAACCGCUGGAUUCCACGUUCGGUUCAGAAAAUAGUGGAUUAUCGGCAGCUGUGCUGUUAUCGCGAUGCAGCUGACUCUUUCCUGAGGCUAAGGGUUGUUCUAAACCUUUCAGGAGGUGAUUUCAGUGACAUAGAAAAGAUAUCAAGAGAGAUUUCAUGUUCCAUGAAAGAUCAGAAGUUGGCUGAAAUCACUGAUGAGUUGAUCCAGGCAGGAAGGUUUCUGAGUGAAUUCACAGGAGAAAAACUUGAAUGUAUUAGGAGUUUCUGCUCAUGUCAAAAGAUUGUGGAAUGGAUUCGCCAAACAACCAAAGAUGUAAGCGACCUCCAGAACUUUGUGAAUUUGGCUCUUACCACUGCUGCUGGUGGAGAAGAUGACCUUACCAACGAUAGACUCUCUAGUCUCCGUACUGUGGGCAGUGGGUUCAGCUCUCUUAUUUAUAAGCUGAGGACAGACACAGGGUUCAGUGAGCUGCGUGACAGAUGCUCCUCUGUGUGGGUAGCCUACAAAAAUGAUAAAAACCUCCCAAAAAUGCUAAUGUCCUGUGAAAAGAUUCUUGACUGGUACAAGUCAGUAAAGGAGACACAAGCGUCGGUUGAAGUUACUUCUUUUGGUCAAAUGAAAAACAUUUUGAACUUUGGUUGCUAUGCUGUUGGUGGAAGUAAAGAUGUAGCCUUUAAUAGUAUCCACCGUGUUAUCCAUCUGAAGCUUACCCCUCAGGUAGGGAAAAAGGUUUUCAAGAUCAAAUACACUCUAGAUGACCUAAGAGACUUGGAGAGUAAACUAGUGCUCAUCACUGGAAGUAAAGCUGAAAACAGAGCAGAAGUUGACCAGUUUUUGAAUACUUUUCACUCAGUGUGUAGGAUAGCGGAGGUGCUCAUAAAGCUUCAACAAGCAGGAAAUUUACAGUACAUUGGAUGGAGAAUGGACUUCUACUGCCAGACACUAUUAGUAGAAGACCUACAGCUGCAUGCAAAGAAGAUGGAGGAUGAACUAGAAAGGUGGAAUAAGGAGGUGAUUCUGGCCAGAAAUAGCUUUUAUGAAUUAAACUACUACACCACACGUCAAUUGCUUGUCCUCCGAAGUGAGUUGGGUAUGUUGAAAAUCUUGCGGCAAUCAUCAAAGCAACAUAACUGGGGGCAAGUAAUGUCACUACUUGGAAGUAUCUCCAGUGCAAUAACUUUGACUACUGUCACAAACAUAGUGCAACAGGUAGUCAACACCCCUUUGGAAGACUUGGAAACAGACAUUUGUUCACCAUUUGAAACAGUUAGGGAAGAGCUUUCAUCAGAAAUACCAUCCGAGUCUUCCCCUAAUCCAGCUGACCAGUUAGCUGUAAUCAUUCCUGAAGCAGUUACAAGCAUGCCUCAUGUUGGGCUGUCACAAGCAGACCUCAACAUUGAGCAAAGGGCACACUUCAUGAACAUAAAACAAAAAUUUCCAUUCAGUGAAAAGGCAAUUCUUAAAGCUAUUGGAGCAGUUGAUGGUGGAGACUUUAAUGAUAUACUUAACUGGUUGGCGGAGAAUGGGGAUGAAUGGGACGAGGCCUCUCAGGAGGCUGAGGAAACUGGCACUAGCGAAAGUGAAAAUGACACAGACGACCCCCAGAGUGAAGAAGAUGAGCAGACAGAGUACGGUUCUGAGGCAGAAAGUGAGAUUGAGAACAUCCAGAGUGUGGUUUCUGGUCAGUCCCUUCAUUCUGUGAGUUCUCCAUCAUCAUCUCAACCACAGUCCAGAGUGGUGGUCACUCGACGACAGCACGUUGAUGAGACCAAUUCGGAUGUACAGAAGUUGCUGGAUGCAGGAAUGGGCACGGUUGAAGAGUGCAUCCAAGCUAUAGAAGUGUAUGGAACAGCAAACAUGGCAUUCGAUCCCAUGAUGAAGCUACAGGACGAAAAAACUAUGUCUGAAGACACUCCUCUUCCUUUGUUUUCCGUAUCUGAAGGACUCACAAUGCCACCAGUGAUGAAAACUGAUAAAGUUGUCAUUUCUGUGAAGGAUGUCAAGGAUCAAUUUUUAAAACUAAAAGAACUUGGCGCAGUUCUAAAAAAGCUCAGCGAGAAAUUUCCUGCUACUGUUCAACAGACAAGGAGUUUACUUUCAGAUUUGAAGCGAGGCCAACCUCAUCUACUAGUUGUCCCGCCAGACCAGGUUCUAAAAGCUGCUCUUUCUCUCUACAUGGAGGACAGCAGUCUACCCUUGCCCACACCUGAGGAGAUGCUCAUCUGCAAUCAGAACACUACAGCUGAAGAGGUAAAUCUUCUGUGGCAAAGGGCUGUGUGUGACCCAGACUUCAAAAGGAUCUUCUGUCUGGUCCAUGCAGAGAAGUUAUCCUAUCAGACAGCUGACAUAGCCCUCAGGGCUCUCACAGAAAUAAUUCAACACAAAACUGGUUACUCAUUGGUGAUUAUUUGCAGCAGCCUUGAUGAGGAUAAAAGUCUAAUCAUAUCCAAGCUACACCUUUACCGCAGGCCUUAUGGAGUUCCAGGCACAGCCAAGUGUAGAGAGUAUCUUGAAAAGCACUUUGUAAAGAAAAACCAGCCAUCUUACCAGCAAGUUCAGGAGAUGCAGAAAGUGGAUUGUCCUUCAGCUUCAGUAGUGGAUCCAAAGAGAUCAUGUGUCAGAGUUGUUUCCUCAAGUCGAGCUGGAAUGGGAAAGACCCUCUUUGUUAUUCGAAUGGCAGAGAGACUCCAGGCUGUGAUACCAGGACAUAACACACUUAUAACAAUCCCAGUUCAUGGUCCCGUGGUCACCAUAGACUCUGUUAUGGAAUCAGUAGUUCCUCAUGAGAACAGAUCAGAGUGCACCAUACUACACUUUGACAUUUCUCCUUCUGUGCUGUGGCAGGUGGACACCAUACUGUUCUCGCUCCUUGUCCAGGGAGGAUUGUGUGACAGUCAAGGUCGUGUGUGGAGGAACCACCCUUCACAGCUCUAUGCCAUUGAGGUCACUACACCAGAGAGAUGUGAAAACAAGUCCAUUCCCGAGCAUCUAACCCUACAAGUGCUAGAGAUGCUGCCAACUGUGACCUGUGUUACACCAAAGAUUGCUCUUUCUCUCAUGUCACCGGAUGAGACAGACCUUAGAGACCGAAUUGCAAUGGAUGAGAAGAAAUUUAAAAAUGAGGCACUUCAGAGAGUGUACCAGUACCUCAGAAGGCAUACUGCUGGCAACAAUCUGGAUCUAUUCUCUUACAACAGUGGGAUCAUUGAAGGAACUCCUCAAGACUGCCUGGAAAUUUGCCACAAAUACUGUGGAGUUAAGGAUCCUUCAUGGGCAGAAAUCGGGCACUUUGUCAAGUUCCUCGAUCUCCAGCUGAGGUCCUGUGAGAGGUCUUACUUCACCAACCCAGAAUUUGUGGGGGAUGUUAUGACUGGUUUCAAGGGGUUUGUUGUGAAGCUCAUGAUACAAAUGUCUCGGGAUUUUUCUACAUCAUCUCUGAGCGGAGAGGUAGCGCAAGAGAAUGAUGAAGCUGACGGGGGACAGGAUGUUCUCUCUCAAUAUCAGAUUGUCGAGAGAAAGAAAUGGGAGCACAGCUCUCAUCCUUACCUGUUCUUCAACCAAGAUGGAAUGAGUUUCACCUUUGUUGGGUUUGUGGUAACUGUUAAUGGGGACUUGCGCGACCCAGCUCACCCUGGAGUUAUUCUUGAGAAAGGGAUUAUGACCCAACAGCUUUACACCGGUCUAAAGGCCCAGAGAGUAAACUUUAAUGAAGAUUACCGCCAUUGGCCUAAGAAUGUCAUGAUUCAGAAGAUCUCAACGGUGAUGGGUAUAGAAUGGCCCCAUGAUCCAGACCCUACUUAUGUGCUAACAGUUGAUAACUUAAUCAAAAUCUUGGCCAUUCAGAUGAGAUUCAGGUGUAGUAUUCCAGUGGUGAUAAUGGGAGAGACUGGCUGUGGGAAGACCAGACUCAUUAGGUUCAUGUGUAACCUUGCCUCUCAGGGCAGCAGCCAGAGGAACAUGCUAAUCUUAAAGGUACAUGGUGGUACAACUGAUGAAGAUAUUGUGGCAUUUGUGAGAAAGGCAGAGGAGAUUGCAAAAGACAACAAGUCCAAGAAACUUGACACAGUUGUCUUCUUUGAUGAGGCCAACACCACUGAUGCCAUUGGACUGAUAAAGGAGAUCAUGUGUGACAGGAGAGUCCAUGGUCACCCUGUCGUAGAGGAUCUCAAGUUCAUUGCUGCAUGUAAUCCAUACAGGAGGCAUACUAAUAUGAUGAUAGAAAAAUUACGCUCUGCUGGACUUGGUUUUUAUGUGAGAGACACAGAAACACAACAGAAGCUUGGAAGGAUUCCACUGCGAGAACUAGUGUACAGGGUGAUUGACCUUCCUCCCAGUAUGAGACCACUGGUCUAUGACUUUGGUCAACUCAACUCAGACACUGAGAGAGACUAUACCACCCAGAUAGUCCAUGACCAUGUUAUAAAACAUGCUCAGUUGUCAAACCAGGACACUGGAAUCAUACCUGCCAUAGCCCGUGUACUAGCCUGGUCCCAGAAGUACAUGAGGGAAAGAAAAGAUGAAUGCAGUUUUGUAAGUCUGAGGGAUGUGGAAAGAGCUAUGGUCGUACUCAUCUAUUUUAUUGAGAAAAUGAACCUUUUAAAGAAGGAGGGGCAACAUCUAAUGAACAGUCAGAGACAGCAAGAUGGAAGUCCUGCUCCAGUCUCUCAAUCUAGUGACCUCACUCACUCCCUCAUUCUUGCUGUCAGUGUCUGCUAUCAUGCUAGACUCAGUGACAGGACUGAAUAUGAGGAUAAAGUUGCUCAUGAGUUUACAGCACCACUUGCACUCCCUGGUGGAGCAACUGAGUUUAGGAAUGUUAUUAGAUGGUGCCAGGAAGUUCUAUUAGGAAGUAUGGUGUUGGGAGAGAACAUUGCCCGCAAUGCUGCUCUGAGAGAGAAUGUGUUCAUGAUGGCAGUGUGUGUGGACCUGAGGAUUCCUCUGUUCCUGGUGGGGAAACCUGGCAGCUCCAAGUCUCUGGCCAAGUCCAUUGUGGCUGACUCCAUGAGAGGGCCGUCUUCUCAGACUGAACUCCUUAAGUCCUUCAAACAAGUACAUAUGUUCUCCUACCAGUGCAGUCAACUCUCCACUUCGCAGAGUAUAAUAGAAGUGUUUAACACAGCCAAGAGGUUCCAGAAGGACCAGGACACCACCAAGUAUGUGUCAGUGGUGGUGCUGGAUGAGGUGGGACUGGCAGAGGACUCUCCCAACCUCCCACUGAAGGCCCUCCACCCACUACUUGAGGAUGGGACUGAAGGGUCUGAAGACAGAGAUGAGGUUAUAGCUAGGGAGAAGAGGGUGGCAUUUAUUGGGAUCUCCAACUGGGCAUUGGACCCAGCCAAGAUGAAUCGUGGGGUGAUGGUGACCCGAGGAGACCCAGACAUUGAUGAGCUGGUACUCAGUGCACAAGGAAUCUGCCACGAUGAUGAGAGCAGUGAGGUCGAAGACAGACUUGGUAAAUACUUCCAGGUCCUGGCUGAGGCCUACCACAAGAUUUGUGAGAGACAGACGAGACAAUUCUUUGGUCUGAGAGACUUUUACAGUCUGAUCAAGAUGCUGUACUGGAUGUGUGAAAAAACAAAUAUGCCUCUCACUGGACCUCAGCUAGUCCAUGCCAUCAAGAGGAACUUUGGAGGACUGGAAGAGAGUGGGGUUGACCCUGAGAAGAUAUUCUUCAAGAGACUGCCAAUAAAUAUAGAAGAGGCACCUGAUCCAACUAAUAUAGACCCUGCGAUUUGGGAAUUUGUUAGUCCAGACAACACGCAACGUGGACUUAUCAAGACUAGCCUGAAAACAAAGGAGACUUCCUGGCAUGGGGAAAACCGGUAUCUGCUGUUUCUGACCGAAAACUAUGCAGCAUUGGAAAUUCUACAGCAGUACCUGCAGGAUCAAGAGAGUGGACACCCUUCACUUAAUGUCCAUCCGGAACAGCCUUCUCUUAAACCAUGGGAAAUGGCGCCUUUUGUACUGUUUGGUAGCAGUUUUCCUAAAGACAAAGAGUACACACAGGUAUGUCGGAAUAUCAACCAGAUCAAGAUCUGCAUGGAGAUUGGAAGGACAGUAAUCUUGCUAAACUUGGAAAAUUUGUACGAGAGCCUAUAUGAUGUUCUUAACCAGUAUUACAUCCAUCAUGGAGACAACCGAUAUGUUGAUCUGGGACUUCAAACUCAUAAAGUUAAAUGCCGUGUCCAUGAUGAGUUUAAACUGAUUCUCAUAGCAGAGAAAAACACGGUCUACAAAGAGUUUCCAACUCCACUCAUUAACAGACUAGAGAAACACUUCGUGCUCUACUCUUCAGUACUGGAGGACUGGCAGACUGGCAUACUUAGGGAAAUGAAGCAGUGGAUAACACACUUCUCACAUAUGCAAAGCUCUAAUUCUACAUUCAAGGAGAGUGAUUCCUUUGUUGGCUACCGGAAGGAUGUGGCAGCAGCAGUGGUGUUCCAGGCCUCCAGUCAGUUGAGGAAGACCUGUGAGAUACUAAUAGGUCAACAGCAGCUGUGGGAGACUGCCUGGAGGGAUGGCCUGCUUGGAGACUGCAGUCUGGAGCAACUGGCCGAGGAAGAUGAGGGAUCACAUAAUUGGAAAGAGGCGGUGUUCCUAAUUGGACAGUUUCUACUGCUACAAACCUCUCCACCUGCUGCUCUUGUCAGACUCGGCAAAAGCAGACUUAAAGAUGAUAUUGAGAGGCUGAAUCGGAUCUACAGAACUCAACAUCACCACUCCAUUGAGGAAUUUCUUACCUACCACUUGACCCAUGACAGUUUAAGAGGCGGCCUACUCCUACAGGUAACCACCCACAGCCACCUGCUGUCAUCAGAUGAAGUGGAUGAGCUCAGUGAUAGCCUGGAAUUAAGUGGUAGCCCGGAUGUCUUCUCCUUCCUCCUUCAAGAGUUUGACACUGAGUUGGACUUCACCAGUAAAGUCAGCUCAUUGUUUGUAAGGGACGAAGAUUUUCAUACAUCUUCCGUACUCAUCAUCCAGUGUGACUCUGGCCAUAUCAAUGGUGACCUCAUUGCGUGUGCUCGCUACCGCAUUGACGACAUACGAACCAAGGCACUCCUUAGAAGAUCGAAACAUGUGACACAUGUGGUCUUUAUCAUACACCUUCCAGUCCGUGUUGCUCACUCAACCUUUGUUGGAUUUCAAGGAGAUCCCUGGGUGUCAUGUCACAUUGAUGAGCUGAGACCCAGUAAGAAGAAUGCCAUCACCCUCGAGGUGGCCCAGGGAGUUACCGUCAGCCAACUUUUCUAUGGAGGACUGGAAUAUACAGGGCCUGAAAGGCAAACAUCAGAAGUAUCCAGCAAUAUGGAAAGUAUCGUCUUUAAUAGACUGUCAAGUGCAGAAGAGGGUUCAGAAGAAGCAAUGGAAGAUGAACACAAGAUGUUGCAGGGAAUCCAAGAGAUGAACGUUGAGGUUGAACAUUACCUUGAAGAUAGUAAUACUCAAUCUACUGACAGAGCGGAAGGGCCAAUAGAAACACAAGAAGAAAGCUCAAUUCAAUCUGACAGUCCUCUUGGCUUGCAAAAAGCAUCAAGUGUGAAUUUAACCUCUUCUGGUGUGAACAAACAAUGUAUUCGUUUAAACAGCUGCAUCCAGGCAGCCGCAUCUCGCCUGCAGGACUCAACUCGAGACAAACAGAGAGCGGCAGAGAGAGUGCGGCUCUUGAUUAAAGUCAUCCCACAUGACCCCAUCUUCCCUCUGGAACCAGGGACUUUCUACACGAUUCUUGUGUGUCAUAUUCAUCGUAUACUUCGAGAGAGAGAGGAAGUCUAUCAGGAUGAUGACUGGGUCCUCAAAGAAGCCAUGGAUAUGCACAAUUUGCAGACAGGAGGAACCUUCAUGAAUGUCCUCACAAGAAAACUGGAUGACAUUAUCAUUCCCUGUCUAGCAGAAAUUAUUGCAUUUGUGGACAGGAGCUUUAACUUGAGUCUUCUGCAGCCACACUAUUCUCCUCCUUUCUCUCAGUUCUGGCUAAGAAUAUUUGCCAAUAAGAGAGUGGAGGAGGCACUUAGGUUCACUGACUUGGUUGGAAGAGAAAAGGUUGAGAUUAAUCAUGAGAACUUCGCUUGUAAGUUUCCAUUUUUCUGGCUGGUGAAGGAGCUCGUAGAUUCUCACUGGGAUAGUGCACAGAGCACUGGAGGUACUCACAAACAGCAGGUACACAGGCAGUUGUGCUUGCUUGUGUCAGACAGUUCAUUGGGCGAUGUCUUAUUGAGCAUCCAAGAUGGAGGGCAGUGUGAGGAGCUUUACCAAUGCUACCUCCAUGAUUUUGUGUACAGUGUACAUAAAUGUACUCACCAAAAUGUCGAUGUGGAAUAUCAGCUGAUACAAGAUAGUCUUCAUUGUUUGGUUGUAAAGAGUCAAGACUUCAGCACAAUAGAUGCAAAUAUAUCACUUAUUGAUCGGAUUGCAGCUGUACAUGUUGUAUACCAAACGAAUUGUGAAUCUAUCCAUUGGUUUGGUCAGCUCACCUUUCACAGUCCUGGAAUAUUGGAGGGACUGGCCGAGUCAAUAAAACAGACUACAGGCUAUGAGGAUGAAGUAUCGAUGCUUCAUCUCUAUGCUGUGGAGAACACUCUGAGUUUCCUUGAGCCUCCAAUAAAGGCAGAUAGAGAGUCCCAAUUCUCUGAUGAGCAGUCUUUAAGACCGUGGUUCAACAAUCUGAAGGAAUUGAGCAACACUAUUGAGUCCGCCCUCAGUCUACCAAGUCAACACCCUAUUGCACUCAAAGCAAGGCUUCAUUGGCAGAAGAUUAAAGCUAUUCAUAUGUUUACUGAACAUGUUAUUUUGAAUCAUUCUAACAUGAUAGUCUAUGCCAGGCGACUUGACCUGGCUUUGGGUAGUGAGAGCAGUAACUUCCUAAUGUGUUCAACUAUUGAGAAAGUGAAGCGAAUUCUAAACAACAUGGUGCGAAAAUUGAAAAGUGAAAUGAUGGCUAAAGAACAGAAAAAGCCUUUACUUGGUAUCAAAAAGAGUUGUACCAAUUUUUUCAUUGAGGUUGUGUCCAGUUUGUGCUUUGGGCAGUCAAGUGCUCCUGAAGAUGCACUGGUCAUGGUCCUCCUGGACAUUGUCUUCACAGAGCAAAAGGAAGUGGAGGAAGGAGGGGAAGGAGAAGGAGGGAAACGUGGAACUAGAAAUCUCACACCUUUCAAGGAUGAUGUGAAGGACAAGCUGCCAGUUGUCCGCUCGUUCUUACUGCAAUUACUACUGGAACAUAAUACUGAGAAGGUGAAGUGCCACCUAAAGACCUACUUUGAUAGGUGCCAGGAGGCCCUUGUUGGAGGUAUGGGAGUGGACCAAGAUCUGAGUCUACUCUGUACCCAGUGCUUUGAGAAUUCUAUUGACAAAGAAUGUUGUGGACUCUCUUUGGAGAGCAAGGCAGAUGCUAUACUCAAAAGAAACUUGCUAACAUCAGCAACAGAUACCUUGGUCCAAUCGGCUGGUUUUACAGACCACACUAUUACAUUGGAGGUGUUGGAAAGUGUGGCUACAAUGCGGUACUGUCUUCGUGUGGUGGCAGAAGUUUUGCUACUACGUGUUAGUGACCAGGGUCAUAGCCUAAAUGUUUAUGGGCAUUUGAUCCAUCAACUGUUAGAAGGAACCAGAAAUGCUUGUACAGAAAGUAAGAUUAACUCCACCGAUACUACUGGAAAGUUGAACGCAACAGGCCCUAUACUGUUCCUGUUAAAGCUGCUAGUAUAUCAAGGAGGCUUUUCUUCGCUCACUAAGAUUUUAAAAGACCCUCAGUUAAAGUGGAUUAUACCUAAACAACUUGAACAUGAUCAGGAAAAAAAGACCCUUGAUCCAUUUGUGAUGUACAACCCAGCCUAUGCUACCAUAAGAGAAGAUAUGAGUGUUGCAGCAUAUGGCAGAGACUACGAAGAGCUGGAGCAGGACAUUGCAGAUUUGCAGCCUCAGGAGUGUGUCCCUCUACUCCUGAGUAUAUACCAAGUGUAUACUAUGAGCCGGGCCUCUACGAGUACUGCUAAGCAGCUUUUGCCAGAGACCAUCACCAAAGUAGAUUAUAUGAUCCUUAACUGCAACGCUCUCUCUCAAGAUAUGAAAGUUAUGGCAAGAAAGCUGGUAUGCAAUGAUCAAGGAGGUUCCCUAGCAGCCCUUCAGGUCACUGUUAGUCAAAAAACAGCUCAACAAUCACUAGGAGCACUGGUGGUGCAUGUAGUAGCAACACUCACCAGUAGGAGUAAUCUUGAUCCCCUCUGUCCUAUGGUGACUCUUCUCAAAGCACCUGGAACUCUAGCUGUGAGUUGAUUAGCACAUU